AUGUGUGCAGCCAGAAUACCAAUACCAACAGACUAUUCAAAACUGCUGAUUACAGCCACAUGCCACCUAGGAGGACAGAGUUUAAACCACAAGAUGAAGGAUUACACAUACGGAAGACGACAGGACAAGGUCUAUGUCUUCAACCUACAGAAGACUUGGGACAAGCUUGUUCUUGCCGCACAGAUGAUAGUUAGCUACAAAAACAGAAAGGACAUUGUUGUAGUGAGCAACAAGAAGUUUGGAUACAAGCCAGCAGGAAUAUUUGCAAGAGCCGUUGGAGCCACCCACAUAACCACUGCUUUUGUGCCAGGAACAUUCACCAACAAGUCUUCCAUCAAGGGAAUUACUGAGCCCAGGCUAAUUGUCACUGUAGAUCCAUUCACUGACAAACAGACUAUUACUGAGGCCUCAUUCAUCAAUGUGCCAUGCAUCUCUUUGGCUAACACCGACAAUGACGUAGACCUAAUUGACUGCAUCAUCCCAUGCAACAACAGAUCUGCCACUUCAAUUGGUGCCAUAUUCUUCAUUCUUGGGCAACUUGUCAGAUACAUGCAGGGUGACAUUGACAUGACCAGCGAAAUUAGACUUCUUGUCGACUCAUACUUCUACAGAGACCCUGCAGAGAUAGAAGCAGGAAUGGCUGAGAAGGAAAAAAUGAAGGAAGAGGAAAGAGAGAGCGAGGUUGACUGGGAAGACAAGCCAUCUGCUGAGGAGCCAGUACAGGAAUAA